CCCAUCCCCCUGACGUGAAUCACAUGUCCCUUGCGAUGUUGUGACAGUGUAGUGGGCGGGAUUUUUACUACAGAUCGGGAAAGAGGGGCAGUCUGUAGUGAGAUACUGAGGAGAGGGAAAGAGAGGAAGGUCUCAGAGGUAAUAUUCGGAAAACGGAAUCCUCGAAUGCUGUCUUCUCUCUGAGUCUGUGUGUGUGAACCUCGGUCAACAUGAAAGAAUAGGGCCACGAUCUGAGGGAAAUGGCUUUUGAUCUGUCCAAGUCCUUCUACCUGGAGUCUCCUCAUUUCACCACCAUCAUCCUCUGAAGGACUUGUAGCUGUUUAUGGGAACUACUGCUGGGCUCGCUCGCUGAGGAUUUUAGCUCUCCCUUUGGGACGCCAUUUUUCACCGUAGCUGACGGUGCGCACGCAGAGGGACAUUAUGGCAAACAACUCCUACAGCGGAGUGAAGAACUCCACGACCAACCACCAUGGGGACUUUGGCUGCUCGCUAAAGGACCUGCGGUCGCUCAUGGAACUGCGGGGGGCAGAGGCAAUAGGCAAAAUCGGGGAAAGUUAUGGGGACGUUCAAGGACUCUGCACCCGAUUGAAAACGUCACCUGUAGACGGUUUAAGUGGGCAGCCCGCAGACAUCGACAAAAGAAAAGAAGUGUUCGGGCAGAACUUAAUACCUCCGAAAAAACCCAAAACAUUUCUUCAAUUAGUUUGGGAAGCAUUGCAAGAUGUAACACUGAUUAUCCUGGAAGUGGCAGCCAUAGUUUCAUUAGGCCUUUCUUUCUAUAGACCUCCAGAUGCCGAAAGAGAACACUGUGGGAGCGCAGCUGGAGGGGUGGAGGAUGAUGGUGAGGCAGAGGCGGGCUGGAUCGAAGGCGCCGCCAUCCUGCUGUCGGUCGUCUGCGUGGUGCUGGUGACAGCGUUCAACGACUGGAGCAAAGAGAAGCAAUUCCGCGGCUUGCAGAGCCGCAUCGAACAAGAGCAGAAGUUUGCCGUUGUCCGCGGCGGCCAAGUCAUCCAAAUCCCCGUGGCUGAGAUUGUGGUCGGCGACGUUGCACAAAUAAAAUACGGUGAUCUCCUGCCCUCGGAUGGUAUUCUUAUUCAAGGAAAUGAUCUCAAAAUCGAUGAGAGCUCCCUCACAGGGGAGUCGGACCACGUCAAGAAAACGCUGGAAAGAGACCCCAUGCUGUUGUCAGGCACUCACGUCAUGGAGGGCUCCGGCAAAAUGCUGGUCACAGCCGUGGGUGAGAACUCUCAAACUGGAAUAAUCUUCGCUUUACUGGGCGCCUCGGAGGAAGACGACGAUGAUGAGGAGGAGAAGGAGGCUAAGAAGAAGGAGAAGAAGGAGAAGAAAGAGAAGAAAAAGCAAGAUGGAGCAGCUGAAAACCGCAAGAAAGCUAAAGCCGCGGACGGAGCCGCCAUGGAGAUGCAGCCGCUCAACAGCGACGAAGUCGACAUCGACGAGAAGAGGAAAUCCAACUUGAAGGAGAAGAAGGAGAAGUCCGUUCUCCAGGGGAAGCUAACCAAAUUAGCAGUACAAAUUGGCAAAGCCGGCCUGGUGAUGUCUGCCAUCACGGUCAUCAUCCUGGUGGUGUUGUUUGUGGUGGACACCUUCUGGGUGCAGGGCCUGCCCUGGCACAAGGACUGCACACCCAUCUACAUCCAGUUCUUCGUCAAGUUCUUCAUCAUCGGCGUCACCGUGCUGGUGGUGGCCGUCCCCGAGGGUCUUCCCCUGGCCGUCACUAUCUCCCUGGCCUACUCCGUCAAAAAAAUGAUGAAAGACAACAACCUGGUGCGUCACCUGGACGCCUGUGAGACCAUGGGCAACGCUACGGCCAUCUGCUCGGACAAGACGGGCACGCUGACCAUGAACCGCAUGACGGUGGUGCAGGCCUACGUGGCCGACAAGCACUACCGCAACGUGCCUGAGCCCCAGCUCAUCCCCGCCUCCAUCAUGGACAUCCUUGUCCUGGGCAUCAGCGUCAACAGCGCCUACACCACCAACAUUAUGUCUCCGGAGAAGGAAGGUGGUCUGCCGCGCCAGGUGGGCAACAAAACCGAAUGUGCCUUGCUGGGCUUCGCUAAUGACCUGAAGCGUGACUACCAGGCCAUCCGCAACGAGAUCCCCGAGGAGAAGCUCUACAAGGUCUACACCUUCAACUCCUGCAGGAAGUCCAUGAGCACCGUGCUGAAAAACGCCGACGGGAGCUUCCGUAUGUUCAGCAAGGGAGCCUCUGAGAUCCUCCUCAAGAAGUGUUCUAAGCUCCUGACGGCGAGCGGCGAGACCAAGGUGUUUCGUCCCCGGGACAGAGAGGACAUGGUGAAGAAGGUGAUUGAGCCCAUGGCCUCAGAGGGCCUGCGCACCAUCUGCCUGGCGUACCGCGACUUCCCUGUCUCGGAGGGCGAGCCUGACUGGGACCAGGAGAACGACAUCCUCACCAGCCUGACCUGUGUAUGUGUGGUGGGCAUCGAGGACCCAGUCAGACCCGAGGUCCCGGAUGCAAUCAAGAAAUGUCAGCGUGCCGGGAUCACGGUACGCAUGGUAACCGGGGACAACAUCAACACGGCCCGCGCCAUCGCCACCAAGUGCGGCAUCCUGCAGCCCGGAGACGAGUUCCUGUGCAUGGAAGGCAAGGAGUUCAACCGACGGAUCCGCAACGAGAAGGGAGAGAUUGAACAAGAGCGCAUUGAUAAGAUCUGGCCAAAACUCAGAGUACUUGCACGAUCCUCACCCACCGACAAGCACACAUUAGUCAAAGGUAUCAUUGACAGUACGGUCUUAGAACAGAGGCAGGUGGUAGCAGUCACAGGAGACGGCACCAACGACGGGCCCGCCUUGAAGAAAGCUGAUGUCGGCUUCGCCAUGGGUAUCGCCGGCACAGACGUGGCCAAGGAGGCAUCUGACAUCAUCCUGACGGACGACAAUUUCAGCAGCAUCGUCAAGGCGGUGAUGUGGGGCCGCAACGUCUACGACAGCAUCUCCAAGUUCCUCCAGUUCCAGCUCACCGUUAACGUAGUGGCCGUCAUCGUGGCCUUCACCGGCGCCUGCAUCACGCAGGACUCUCCUCUGAAAGCUGUCCAGAUGCUCUGGGUGAACCUGAUCAUGGACACCUUUGCCUCCCUGGCCCUGGCCACUGAGCCCCCCACUGAGUCUCUACUGCUGAGGAAGCCUUACGGCCGCAACAAGCCCCUCAUCUCCCGCACCAUGAUGAAGAACAUCCUUGGCCACGGAGUCUACCAGCUCAUCAUCAUCUUCACCCUGCUCUUCGUAGGUGAGCAGAUCUUUGACAUCGACAGCGGGCGGUACGCACCCCUCCACUCGCCUCCCUCAGAGCACUACACCAUUAUUUUCAACACCUUCGUCCUCCUGCAGCUCUUCAACGAGAUCAACGCCAGAAAGAUCCACGGCGAGCGCAACGUCUUCGACGGCAUCUUCAACAACCUCAUCUUCUGCUCCAUCGUCUUUGGCACCUUUAUCAUCCAGAUAGUCAUAGUGCAGUGGGGAGGCAAACCUUUCAGCUGCGUGGGCCUGAGCAUCGACCAGUGGCUAUGGUGCACCUUUCUGGGCUUUAGCAGUCUCCUCUGGGGUCAGCUGAUCUCAUCCAUCCCCACCAAAAGUCUGAGGUUCCUGAAGUCUGCCGGCCACGGCACCCAGAGGCAGGAGAUCCCUGACGAGGAGCUGGAGGACAUGGAGGAAAUGGAGGAGAUCGACCACGCCGAGCGCGAGCUGCGCCGUGGACAGAUCCUCUGGUUCAGGGGCCUCAACCGCAUCCAGACUCAGAUGGAUGUAGUGAGUGCCUUCCAGAGCGGAAGCUCCUUUCAGGAGCGCCAGCUAAGGCGGCAGCCCUCCACCUCCAGCCAACAACAGCACGAUGUAACCAAUGUUUCUAGCCCUACACAUGUAGCCUUUUCUACUACUGCUACUGACGCCAACACCGCUUCUUCCACUGUGGGGUAUUCGGGUGGUGAAUGCAUUCCGCAGCUCCCUGUCCCCCUAUGAGGGGCUGGAGAAGCCAGAGUCACGCAGCUCCAUCCACAACUUCAUGACCCACCCAGAGUUCAGGAUAGAGGACUCAGAGCCCUCCAUCCCCCUCAUUGACGACACCGACGCCGAGGACGAUGCCCCCACCAAGCGCAACUCCGCCUCCCCCCGCAACGUCACGCCUACCCCUCCUUCCCCGUCACUCUCGCCGACGCCCUCGCCCAACCAGAACAAUAAUGCAGUGGAGAGCGGCAACAACCACCUCUACGUGGAGGGCAACAAGGCAGCAGGGACCCCCUCGGCCCCAGGGAGCCCCUUACACAGCCUGGAGACCUCCCUCUGAUUCUGAGCCAACCCUCAGCCACUACUACUACCACGACGAGGAGCUCGCCUCUGAGGAGGAGGAGCGACGGCAGAGGAGAAGAGGAAAGAAGGGGUAGAAGGGAGAGCGGAUAGUCUUCUGUAAGCUUCAAGCUUGUGCUGGACUGAAAUGAGCAAACAUUCUCGAAUGUAGUGUUUGGUUUUUAUUUAAUUAGAAUUUAUUUUUGUUCUUAAAAAUACCCCUCUGGCAACACGAGGGCUUCUUUUGUCUCCACCCCUCCCUCAUUGAUAACUUUUAGGUUGUUCUCGGUGCAAGAGGGGUGAAUAUAGACUCAGAUUGAAAGUGACCUGUUGUUUUUUUUAUUCAUAUUAUUUUAAUGAGAGGGGGGGGGGUCCUCCUCCUGGCUUGAAGAUCAGCUGUAAGAAAUGAAAGACGACCUUUAGCUUCUCUUUAUCUGAAUGGUGUUGUAUAUUUAUGUCUUUGGCCCUUGCUCAUUCAGAAACUUUUUUUCUGCUCCAUUGGCUGUUAAUAUUUUUAAUUAUUUAUGUUUUUGGAAAAAGCAGGUCUGUUUACAGAGUUUGUAGAUACUUUUUUUGUGUUUGUAGACGAAAGAGCUUCCUGACGUACGAUGCAGAAAAACGAGGGCCAGAGUGAAACAUUGAAUAAGAGGACUAUUUCAGAUACUGCUGUAUUUUCAGGAAAAAAAGGGUGUUUCUAUUGAAACUGAACUAUUUUUGCCUGCAAUUUUUAUUUGUUAUAUAUUUGUAGAUAAAUAGAAACCUUCUAGCCAAACAAAUAAACACUAAGGCUUGUAUAGCGAAGAGGUCCAUUGGGGGGUGGAGAGUUUCAACAGGAGAAGGAAGGAGUAAGAACCCCCAGGGACUAUCCAUUCACAUUUCUAUAAAUAUUUACUACGUUCAUUGCUUUAAGCAGUUUCAAUGUUCCGUUUUUCUCGUUCACAGGGAAGCUCAAGUCCUGUUUCUCAUUUAAUUGUGGGUUAAGGGGAGGGGUAUUAAAAUCCUAGUAUAUAUUUUUUUUCACGUUUAAGAGUUCAUAAAGGGAGUUUGGCAGUUGGUCAUCACAUUGAGAAUCAGUUGUUUUUUUUCUUGUCUUUUUUUCACUCAGCGAAACUUCAGUCCCUGCCAAUGUACAAUAUUGAAAUUUGUUUACUCAGGCAUAGAAAAGGGUUGAAUUGAAAACGGAUUCUAUAAAUUAAGAAAACAUUUUAACUUCACAUUUUUGGUCUUUAGGUAGUAAAAUGUUGUAUUGGUAAAAAUAAAAGCAAGUGGAUUAUUUUCAUAUUUCAUUCAAUUAUUUUCAUUUAUUUUUAUGAAAACUUAAAUUUCACCCAAUGUAUGGUUUGUUCACAUUUUAACCCCCCCCCCCCCCCCCCCCCCCAAUAAGACUCCUUUUACAGUCAUAAAUGUUGCUGCAUUUGACUUGUUUGUAGAAUAUUUUUGACACCUGAUAUACUGGAAAAAGUAAAGAAUUGACACUUUUUUAAGAGUAAAAAGUCUAGGCAUACAUACACUGGUAACUGCACAGGGGUACUUUGUUUCAUAACACCUCCCUUGGGAACAUUUUUAUACAGACAACCAUACAAAUUGUACCUUUGUAUUUUUAUGGAAACGCAGACGAUAACUUUCAACCUACUGAACCAGAGUUUUUGGGGUUUGACACAAAUUACACAUUGGAACAUUUGGGGUGGGGUGGGGCACUCACUAAAAAGGGUUGUGAUUGGUUCUGAUAGGAAUAUUUUUCUCAGGGUGGCAAAUGGUAUGACAUAAGAGACUAGGCUUUUAUAUAGGCCUGUGGUCAAAAUACUAACACAUUUUUUUAUGUUGUGAAGUAGCUUAUCAGCCAUGUUGGGUUGUUUUUGUUUCGGCAGCAGGGUGCAGAUUCUGACUGUUAAAUCCCUCACCUGUUUAGACCUCUCACCCAAGCUUAGCUGGGUGUAGGGGGCCAAGAGGUAGUUGCUCAAUGACAAUUAUAUUUUGGGAAGACGUUUUUCUUGUUUUUACAACAACAAAAAAGCAGCUUGAAAUUGCAAAAAUGUAAAAUGGGAAGAAAAAAGAAUCCAUACGUUUUUGUUCUGUAGAUUCUUCCUAUAACGGGAAUGAAUGUUUAUCCAUCUGUUUUAUGGAUUAUCAUUUUUUUAUCUUAACAUUUGGAAAUAAAAACUACUUCAUGUCUGUU